AUGUUCGCCGAGGCCGCCUGGAGCGACGCCGAAGCACCGGCCGCCCCCUCCGCCCCCUGCCCGCGGCCCAGGCCCCUCCCCCGCAGGGCGCUCCUCGCCGUCCUCCGGCGCCUCCAGGCCGCGGCCAGGCCCAGCCCCUCCCGCCCGGAGCCUGCCCUCGCGGAGGAGGGGGACCGAGGUGGGCCAGCCGAGGGGCGGGCGGGGGCGCCCUCCGACACAGCCUCUCUUUCUCCCCCAGGGGAAGCUGCAGCUGGAGCAGGCCCCGUGCCUGGGGACAAGCGGAAGAACACGCCUGCAGAAGAGGAGGAGGAGGAGGAGAAGCCAAAGCAGCUGCUGACCAGGAAGCAAUGGAGGAACCGGCAAAAGAACAAGAGGCGGCAGAAGAACAAGUUCAAGGUCGGCAGGGACGCCUUGGCACUGCCCCUCGAAGCCUCUCCGCCACCCCAGGAGCCUCUCGACAGGCGAGCAGCUGCCCUGCGGCUGCAGGUGGAGGAGCGCCUGGAUUCUGCCCGCUUCCGCUACAUUAACCAGCAGCUGUACACCCGCCCCAGCCGCGAGGCAGCCCGUCUCUUCCAGGAAGACCCCGAAGCCUUUGCUAUCUAUCACCGUGGCUUUGCCCAACAGGUGGCACGUUGGCCUGAAAACCCCGUGCAGCGCUUUGUGCGUUAUCUCCGGAAAAGGCCGGCUUCAUUGGUGGUGGCAGAUUUUGGCUGUGGCGAUUGCACACUGGCCCGCAGCAUUCAAAACAAAGUGCACUGCUUUGACUUGGUGGCCCUGGACCCUCGUGUCAUCAUCUGUGACAUGUCCCAGGUGCCCCUGGAAGCUGAAUCAGUGGACGUGGUGGUUUUCUGCUUGGCACUCAUGGGGACUAAUCUGUGUGAGAUCCUGGAAGAGGCCAACCGGGUGCUGCGAACUGGGGGCACCCUGCUAGUGGCCGAGGUGGCCAGUCGUUUUGCAGACCUGCGGGCCUUUUUGGGGGCGCUGUCCAGGCUGGGCUUCCAGCUGAUCUCCAAGGACGUCUCUGGCUCCCAUUUCUACGCGCUGGAGCUGCGGAAGACGAGCGGCGCUAGGACCGGGAAGGCGCCGGCGGGCUUGGCGCUGCUGCCGUGCCUGUACAAGCGACGCUGAGGGGCGGGGCGGGGGCGCGAUGACGUCAGUGGCGUGCGUGUUGAAUAAAGUGCCUGGGCUGGA